AUGGAUGUGAUGGAUAAGUGGAUUGACAAGCAGAAAGCUUGCAUUGAUGCAGAGCGAGUAGAAGAGGUCCAGCGUUGUCCGGCUCCCGCAGGAAUUAGCUAUGAUUUUUAUAAGGGGUCUCAGGCUUUCGCUACCUCUCUCCAAGCAGCGCCUACCGCCCCAUUGAGACUUCUUCAAAAGGCGGGAUAUGCCGUCAAGGGAUUGACAGUUCUUCAAUCCCAGGUGAUGGCGAGUAGUAGAACUCCAGUGGCCCAGCUGGGUCGCCAUAACUCACCCCUGGGACCAGAUGCUAGCGGGUUCCACCCGCGAGAUAUUGUGGCUGUUCUGGAUGGGCGUUUGAGACUUAUUUGCCAGGGCAUCGUUGUUUCCUUCACUGAUAAAGCUGUGGGAAUCAGCCUUGAAGACAAAAUAGAUAUCGCAGAUCUGGAGGCAGCUGAGCCCUUGGUCGUUUUUAGAGCCGGAAGCGAUCUAACCUUCAAGUACUUGCAUGCCAACAUAGAGCACUUUAAGGCAUCCAGAGCGCCCUGGGACAAAGGAGUAGAGAUGUCUUCAGAGAUGAGACAUGUGCGCAGGAAGAUCACAGAAAUUCUGUUGGGAGAGAGGGAAUUGGAGCCUCUUUCGCCUAAGCAGUGGGGCCAUGAGCUGUGUAUUCCCGACUCUUUGUUGUUGAAUUGCAAGCAGAAGGAAGCGGUGCGGUGUAUGGCUGCAUCCUCUUUUCUCUCCGUAAUUUGGGGGCCGGCCGGAACCGGCAAGACAACAACUCUUUCGGCAGGUGUUGCGCUCUGUUUACUUAACAAUCCGCAAAUACGAAUCUUGGUGUGCGCCCCAUCUAACACGGCCACCGACAAUCUCCUAUUGGGUAUUUGCGCUGCUCUCCGCAAGCUGGGGAGCAAGACAGAUUUGGUUCUCCGUCUGGGAUCCCCGGCGCGCGCUACAACGGAAGCUGUCUAUCCAUUUCUAUUUGAUAGCAAACUACUCACUGAUUAUGCGUCAGAAUUACACAGUGCAAAGAUUGAUUUCCAAAAGGCUGAGCAAGCAUAUAAGCGAGUUCGCGCUAAAACUAAGACAACAGGAGAUAAGAAGGCCCUGUAUGAGGCACGCUCUGAGUUUUACGCUGCAAGAAAUAAUAUGCUUUCUGGCCAACGCGAUUGUGGGAAGCAGGUUCUCGCUACUGCUCGCUUAGUCGCCUGCACACUCAAUGGGACAUCCACCUCUCUAUGUCUUCGUGCUGCAGAAAGCUCAGGUGGAUUUGACUUUGUGCUUGUAGAUGAGGCAAGCCAGGCCUUGGAUGUCUCUCUUUUGGGAGCGAUACUCCUCACAAAGGGAAAGCUUGUCCUGGCUGGUGACCCCAAUCAGCUACCACCCACAGUCAUCUCAGACAGAGCCAUGCACUCCAAAACGUUUUCGCUGCCCUUUUUAAACAGGAUAACCAGCAAUCUAGUUCAGAGGGCAGAGGAGAUUGUCUCCGAGGAAGCAAAGAUAAGCCCUCUUGUCAUGCUCGAGCAGCAGUAUCGAUUUUGUCAUCAAAUAUGUCGUUUUCCUAGUGAAGAGUUCUAUCUGGGACGCUUGGUACCAGCUGAAUCCGUUAGAAACAUUUCACUAGCAGACUUUCUAGGUGAAGAUUGGUUCAAUUGUGUUGAUGACGAUGCGCUCCCAAAGAAUCCAACGGAAUUGUUCGUAGAUACCUGCAGCAUGAACCUCUUGGAAACUCGCGAAGAGGACGGCCAAACCCUGCUUCCCCAACUCAGUAUUUUAAACCACGGCGAGGCAGACAUUGUGGUCAGAUUGGUAGACUAUUUCGUUUCCCUUCUUUCCAGCUCGCCCAAGGUGGGCACUCCCCAGACGGUCAUAGGAUGCAUCAGUCCAUACACAGCCCAAGUGAGCCUGCUUGCAGGACGCAUGGAGGCGCAUGUGACAAAAGGCCUAGAGGUAAGCACUGUCGAUGGCUUUCAGGGCAGGGAAAAAGAAAUAAUAAUCAUUAGCUUUGUUCGUUCCAAUGAUGAGGGUGACGUUGGGUUUUUAAGCGAUAUCCGCAGGCUGAACGUUUCGAUUACGCGUGCGAAGCGUCUUGUGGUAAUCAUAGGCAACUCCAUCACUUUAGAGAAAGAUCCGACCCUCAAGGCCUACUGCAAUCACCUAAUGAAUAACGGAGUGAUACUUUUCCCAGAAGAUCUAGACUCUUGGGCAGCAGAAGGUGUCGAGUAA